UUCCUCCCUCUUCAGUCCGUGCCGCGCCGCUUCCGGUGAGCCCUUGCCCGCUUUCCGGUUACUUCGCACCGCGCACCCCACCCCCUCCGCUCCCGCUGGCGGAGUGAAUCCCGGCUCCUGGUUCGCCAUGGUGCGGUUCCUGCACAUCCAGAACCGGCAACGAGCCCCGCUGACCAUUUGCGGGGACUGUCCUGCCGUGCAGGCAGAAGCAUCUCCAUAUUCCUUAGUUGACAUCUGCUUGAAUGCCUUGGUUGCCGAUUUAGAAAAAUUCUGUAUAGAACGGCCUGAUGGGUCACUGUGCUUGAAAGAAUCUGAAAGGCUUCCUCAAGAAGUGGCUGAUCGCUUGCUGCAGACAAUGGCAUAUCGAGAACUGUUGAAUGAUGGCACUGUGGGCAUUUUCCGAGGCAACCAGAUGCGUUUGAAGCAAGCUUGUAUCCGCAAAGCAAAGAUUUCAGCCCAGUCUUUCCGAAAAGCCUUCUGCCACCACAAACUAGUAGAACUGGAUGCUGCAGGGAUGAAUGACACUGUUACUGUUGCAGAUGUUGUGAGUGGGCUUGGCAGCAGUGCAUGGAUCCAGAACAACCUUCAGUGCCUUGUCUUGGACUCAUUAACUCUUUCCCCUACAAAUCCUUAUGAACGGUGCUUUAGUCAGUUGUCUGGUCUUCGUUCUUUGAGCAUUACCAAUGUGCUCUUCCGUGAUGAAGAUUUAGCAGAGGUUGCUACCCUGCCAAGGUUAGAAAGCUUGGAUAUCUCCAAUACUUCAGUCACAAAAAUAACUGCACUCCUGGCCUGCAAACAUCGACUUAAGUCUCUAACUAUGCAUAGCUUGAAAUGCUUGAAAAUGCCUACACCAAAGUUCUUAGACGUAAUAAGAGAACUAAAGCAUCUGAUUCACCUUGACAUCUCAGAUGAGCAGCAUUCCACGUCAGAUAUUGCCUUUCGUUUGCUAGGCCAAAAAGAUAUUCUGCCCAAUCUUGUGUCUCUGGACAUUUCUGGAAGCAAAUACAUUAACGAUGAGGCUGUUGAAGCUUUUGUCAGACAACGGCCAACAAUGCGGUUUGUGGGAUUGCUCGGGACUGAAGCUGGGUACACAGAGUUCCUUUCAGGAGAAGGAACCUUAAAGGUAUCGGGAGGAGAAAAUGAAAUGCAGAUUUCGGAAGCUUUGAAACGCUACAGUGAAAGGGCAUGCUUUGUGAAAGAAGCCUUUUUUCACCUUUUUACUCAAACAUGUUUUAUGAGAAUUACAAAGCCUGAAAUCCUAAAGCUUGUGAUCAUUGGAAUGAGGAAUCAUCCUUUGGACUUGGCAGUACAGUUAACUGCUAGUGCCUGUGCCCUUAACUUAACAAGACAAGGCUUAGCAGCAGGCAUGCCUGUUCGCCUGCUUUCCAGCGUAAUCCAGCUGCUCCUCAAAGCCAUGGAAACCUUUCCUGAACAGCAGCAGCUCCAGAAGAACUGUCUUCUUUCACUAUCCAGUGUCAGGAUCCUGCAAGACGUUCCAUUUAACAGGUUUGCAGCUGCGAAAUUUGUUGUCCAGUGGCUUUGUAACCAGGAAAACCAACAUAUACAAAGAAUUGCUGUUAAUAUAAUCUCUAUCCUAGCACUUAAGCUUUCAGACGACCAAGCAGCACAACUUGCUGCCGAGUUCUACAUUGUUGUUGGGAAACUACUUGAAAUCGUUGAACAGAAAAUAAAUCAGAAUGAAUUAGAUACAACUUUCCAUUUUACACUGAGCGCACUUUGGAAUCUCACAGAUGAAGCGCCAACUACGUGUGGGCACUUCAUUGAUAACAAAGGGUUGGAGCUUUUUAUGAGAGUUUUAGAGACUUUUUCAUCUGACUCUUCAAUACAGCAUAAAGUUCUUGGCCUUCUGAACAAUGUAGCAGAAGUGAGAGAGCUGCAGUCCAAGUUAAUGCAGAAGGACUUCCUAGAUCGUGUCAGUGAACUGCUAAGCAGCGCCGAAAUGGAAGUGAACUACUUCUCAGCCGGGAUUAUUUCAAACUUGCUAUCUAGAGGCGAACAAUCCUGGGCGCUGAGUCAAACACUGAGAAGAUCCCUCAUUGAAAAACUGCAUGCAGCUCUGUUGAAGUGGCCAACACCAGAAUGCAAGAUGGUAGCACUGCCAGCCUAUAGGUCCCUCAAGCCUUUCUACCCAUUACUUGACUGCUUUGCAUUACCUGGAGUGCAGAUUUGGGCAGCGUGGGCCAUUCUGCACAUCUGUUGCAAAACCCCUGCCAGGUACUGUUCCAUGUUAAUAGAAGAGAAUGGGCUACAGCAUUUAUAUAAUAUUAAAGAAAAUGACCAGAGCGAUCCAGAUGUCCAGUAUCUAACAAACGAGAUACUAUCUUACGUGGACACUCACAUGAAAUAUUAUGGGAAGCCUAAACAGCGAAAGGAGAUACAAGCCAAGUCAAAUGGAUAACCGAGGGCACGGCUGUUUCUUUCAUUUUGUCAUGUGCAGAAGCUGCGAUGGUGAUUUCUUAAUGCUUUCUUGGGCAUUUCUGAUCAAGAUGGUUGUCCUUGUAAGAUCUGAGGACACUUGUAUGGCAUGCACAUCUGGAAGUCUCCGACAAGUAGCUUUAAUUUGUAACUUGCCUUCUGAAAAGGGAAAUGGGGCACCGUGCCUAGAGAAAACUGCUUAGUAGCUGACUGUACAGGUCUUGAAAAGAGUCUGUUGGCUUUGUAAGCCACCAAUUUCAUAUGGUGGUGGUUAAGGACACUGCAAAUGGAGGCUUUAAAAGCUACUUGUUCUCGUGCCAGUAAUCUUUCUUCUUGUCAGUCCAGGAACUGUUCCAUUUUUUUUGUCCAUACCUUACCACCAGUAAACUCUGUAUUGCUUGUGGUAGCCGAGAGAAAAUAGGAUUGGCUUAGCCUUGGAGAAACACUUUAAAAAUCCCAUGCGGUGAGGGCAGAGGGGUUUUGAAAAUCCUGGGCAAGGGAGAGGUAGGCUGCUCCAACUAAAAUGUUGAAUUAGUCUUCAACAGGCUGUUAAGCCAGUCCAAAGCGUUCGUGAGGGGCUUACACACAUUCUAUGUGCAUGUUGUACAGGGGAGAUUCUGGCUUUGUCAGUUGUAUAUUGCCACAACCCGACUUAAAAACCCUGUGCAUCCACAUUGUUUACGAGUGUACGCAAACUAUUUUUGUACUUGGAGGGGGGAAAUCUUUCAACAUACUUUCUAGGUUUUAAUACUUAAAAUAAAAGGAAUGUCCAAUGAUGGUACAGA